AUGCGCUUUUUUGUUCUUUCCGUUCUCGUAUGGGCAGUUUCGACAUCUGCCCGCAUAGUGAAAACAGGAAACUCGUGCGAGAUCUAUCCAGAACAGCGCGCACAUUACGGUAAAGAAAUAGACGAUGUUCCCCAGAUUCUCGAGGCGUUUGAGAGUUGUGGGAAUAAUGGCACGGUGAUUUUUACGGAACAUCUCUUCUAUAUGAACUCGGUCCUUAAUACUACCAAUCUCGUCAAUUGUGAGGUUGUAGUCCGUGGCGAGUUGCGCUUUUCUACGGACAUCGAUUACUGGCGCUCUCAUGUGUAUCCGGUUGUCUUUCAAAACCAGUCCACUGCAUGGUUGUUUGGUGGGACCAAUGUGACAUUCCGUGCUGAAGGAGGCUGGAUCAAUGGCCAAGGCCAGGAGUGGUAUACAUGGAACCACAGUCGAGGCAAUACACCCGGCAGACCAAUUAGUCUUACCAUCUAUAAUUCAACAAAUGUGCUUGUUGAUGGGCUUAGUGUUAUCCAACCGCAGUUCUGGGCUAUGUUCGUUUGGGAGAGCAGGAAUAUUUCUAUUGUUAAUUACUUUGUCAAUGCGACUGGUAACGGUACGGGAAGCACUACUAAUACGGAUGGAUAUAAUUCUUGGAAUAGUGAUACUCUUCUGAUUGAGAAUGCGGACAUCACUAACGGUGAUGACUGUAUUGCUGCAAAAGGAAAUACCACUAAUCUGCUUGUGCGAAAUGCGACCUGCCAUCAUUCAAAUGGUAUCACCAUUGGGUCAAUCGGCCAAUAUAAAGACUCACCUGACUAUGUUCAGAAUGUAACAUUCGAUCAAAUUACCAUUGACAACUGUACCGACGGGGCAUACAUCAAGACAUGGUCCGGGGUUGAAUCAACGGAAAACUCCAAUGGCGAUGCUGGUGGUGGAGGUAAAGGCCUCGUUAAGAACGUCACCUUCAGCAACUUCAACAUGUCACACGUUGGUCUACCCAUUCAGAUCUCGCAAUGCAUAUAUACCGAGAAGAGCAGCCAGUAUUGCAACACAUCUCAGCUGCAAAUUGAAGACGUUACCUGGGUCAAUAUUACAGGUACAACCCGGUUCAAUAUCGCUGCAUCGAUAUAUUGUUCGCCGGAAGUACCUUGCCCUGGCAUUCGAUUUGACAACGUGAGCUUGGAAUCAGUCAAUCACACGUUGGGUCUGCCAAUGUGGGGGACAAACCAACAAGUCGAACUAUUCCAGUGUGACAAUAUUGUAGAUCAGGAAGAGUCGGGAAUUCCGUGCAAUAAAGUCGCUCCGGAUAACUUUGGUCAGACAGUCAAGCACAAUCUUCAAUAA